UAGCUAGUCUGGUUGCUUAAUCUUUUCAUAAGACCGUGACUGAUAUCCUUCAUAACAUUGCGUAGCUAAUCAGCUUGUUUUGUGAUAUUGUGCACAGCUGUGCUCAUUUAAGAAAGAUUGAGAGGAUUGUCAGGUCGACAAACUCUGUUUAAAUAUUUUAUUUCGUUGAGCUAAGUAAAUACCGAAAAGUAGUUGUAGCUGUCAUUUUCUAACGUCAACUACCCGUCCCGUUCUUGGCUUUUCUUGCCAGAUCUAUCGGUGAGCAUCAAACUCCAACACCUGAAACUAUGGAGCAAGUGUAUGAAGCAGAAAUCAAAUUGCUACAGGAGGAAAUCGCAUUGCUACAAAAUCAACAAGAAAACAAUGAACGAGAGGUGAUAUUGCACAUUGAAGAGCACACACAGCGGACUUUGACAUCACAGCCAGACUUCAAAAGAGGAAAGAAUGAUGCCGUUAUGAAUCUUGAGAAACUGGAGGAAGAUCUGGCCAGACAGACCAAAAUCAAUGGAAUUGUACUGAAAGAGUGUGAAGUGAAAACACUGGAAAAAAGUAGGACAAAAAUUGUACAGCGGUACCGAGUUUCUGGUAACUGCAGUUUCUUAAACUUUCAAGUUGAGUUUGAGCUCACAGAAAUCCAGGAGGAAGACGGCACUAUCGUGAGGAGAAUAACAGCCCUAAAUAUUGUUGUGGAUGGAUGUGAGUUAAUUGAUAUCAGCACAUUCGUAUCUGGAGUGGAGGAGACGAAGAGCCUUCUGCUCUUCUUCCGGGCCCUGAGGGCCUUCUCCGAGAGGUGUGAACAGAGAAGCAGGACGUUCGCGCACUUCAAGGAGAAGUACCCAGAGGUGGUCAGACUUCCAGAGGGCUGCAAGGGUGAAGUCAUGGUGAUCCAGAACCCCAAAAUACCUGGGUGCGCACUGAGCUUCGUCUGGAGCAUAAAUGUUUCUAAUGAUGGAGUGAUCAUACCCAAGAUAGACCUACUGACAAAACUGCCGGAAAAAGCACUGGGUUUGGACGAGGGGAAGGUGGCAGAAAAUGCUCCCCAGUCAUUCCAGAGCCUGCUGCGCAUUCUGGGAGUGGAAGCUGCCAUCGAGGCCCUCAUAGCAGCGGUGUGCGUGGAGUAGCAACACGGACAAGAACGCCAACACGCGUCUCUACAUCAUUUAUUCAAUAUAAACACCUCCUGUACAAUCCCCAUUACGAAAUAUCUGUUAAUGCCAUCUGUACACGUUCUCUCAUCACAUUUAGCCAUGUAUACAUAUACUGUAUGUAAAUAUGUAUAAUUAGUCAAGGCCUAGAAAAAUAAAUAAUUUAAAUACAAAAUGCCCAAAGGCAAAAUCCACUUUUGAGAUUGUUAUACCUAUACACUUAGUCUGUAUUACUCCUGUCUCACAGUGUGAUUUUUUUUCUCUUUUUUAACGCAAGUGUUAUAUCAGUUCUUUAUAGAGGUUAUUCACAGAUAAGUGGCAGCUCUUCUCUUCACAGUUCCUCAUAAAAAUACAGUAUUUCUCUGAACUGUAGGGUCUGAACAUUUAUUCUAUUAAACACACCAGUAGGGUCGUUUUAACUUGUUCAGAGCAAGUGGGUUAAUUUCUUUGUUUGGAUGUAAAGAAAAAAAAAUGAACCAAAGCCUGUUUGCUUGCAACAAAAAUUGAUCAAAACCCUCAAUAUAUACUGCAAAUCCAAAAAUGCAUUCUUUGGUGCAAAAUUACUGACAUUCAUCUCAUUUUCAGAGAACAGUAUUAUUCCGUUUGCUAACUGGAUGGCAGAUGGAGUUGUACACUGAAUCUGCUCAUUGGUGUUUGUCACAGUGUUGCACGUUGCAAUAAAAUAGUUUUGAUCCAGUUGACCUAAAAUCAAGGUACUGCAUUACCGUUUAAAAAAAAUGUUUCAUAUUAAUUUUGUAUCAUCUCACUACUUUUCCUGCGACAUGAAAUUAGGUCUAUGUGUUUGGCUCAUGCCAUUUGCAGAUGAAAAUUAUUCUCCGGGCAGUUCAAGAACUGUGCCUCCAGAUAAAGGAUCAACAUAAAUUUUGAAAUGAGGUUGUAAUAUGGUACCAAAAUAAUGGAAACUAAGCCACUUGCUGUUGCGUUUACUUGACAAUACUUUGAUGAGUGAUGUUAGAGUAACAACUAAGCACUGAGAGAGGAAACCGUGAGCUUUAGGUUAAAAAGGUAAACCCCCUAUGAAUGUCCCUGAAAAUCCAGUUGCCAAACUGAAUCUGACGUGCUGUGGAAUGGGGGCAGAUUCUCUCCAUUCUAUGAAGUUCAAGCCUGAAAUAUUACAGGUUAUGAAAAUUAAGCAGCUUGGUUUCUCCAUGUCAGGUUAUCAUCCCACCACUGCCUCCUUCAGCUCAGACAAACUGAAUUUUGGAAACACAUAGAUUUGGAUUAAUACUGUUUAUGGCAUGGAAAAAUUGUCUGUUCAGACAAUUUCUAACCAAUGUUGGCAAAUUAAGUCCACUUUCCUCUUCCCGUAUGGCAGUCAUGUAUGGUUGCAACACUGAUGGGAAUGUUAUAAUGUCCCACUAUGCUGUUUGCAUGCACUGAAUGGAACUAGACCAAGACUGAGGUUGAUCACAUUAUCUGCCAAUACCUUAGUGACUCCCGCUUAAAGUUUCAAGGUUAGCUAGCCCUUUUCCUGCCUUGUCUUCACUGGGCCUGUUCAACAGAGGUUUCAGUCUGGUGACCUGCUGUAGCAUCGUACAUAAUCCUGGACCCAUGAGCACACGCAUGGGUAGCUGCGCACGCCUUACAUUUUUACCAUGCUCAAAUAUAGGUUUUCUGUUUGCAAUUCCACAGAAGGAAACACUUUCUUUAAGAGUGACCUAAAUGAUGGGACAGGUGGAUGACUGUUGAGGCUCCUACUUCAUUGUGCCUUUAUUUCUCCAAAGUGAAAGACAGCGGGGACUUGAGUGUGUCUGCGCUCCCGUGUGCUUCCCAUUCUCUCCCACAGCUUCUCAAACACUGCAAAGCUGCCUCGUAGCAAAACGCUGAAUCUUUCCAUUAAAACAAUUAAAAAAAAAAAAAAAA